GGCGUCGUCUCAUCUUCUAUUGACAGCCAUUCCGCCUGCCUUCUUCAAGCGGAAACGCUGGACCGACAAGAAGUGCCAAAUGUGAGCUAGUCAGCAGCUAUGGCGGCUUCACAUUCCCCUCCGCCCAUAGAAAUAGAAUUCCCAUUUCCCGCACACUGUGUGGGAGCAUACAGGCACUUGGUCCCUCUCUCUAUAAGCCUCAAUUCCAACUUUUCAAAAUUCCCAAUAGAAGAUUCAAUUCCAUUGAUACAGAAGAAGAAGAAGAAUCAGAAGCAGACCCAGAAACAAAAACAAAUAUGGUGACGCUGAUAGUGGCCACAACCACCGAUCCAGCCUCCCUUGGCCCCGCUACCGCCCUCCUCGCCAUGCCCAAUUGGCACCCUGGUCCCUCCUUCCAGGGCAUCAGAAGCUUCGUCAAUGGAGAAGCCAGACUGCUGCAGCACGACAAAGGCAUUGUGGAAGAGGACCAUUUGGAGAUUCGGUGGGAGGAGGCCACCGGCGAGGUGGUGGAAAACCUCAUCUUCCUCAGCAAACACACUGCCGUUUCCAACCGCCCUGCUCUCACCGUUCACCCAAUCGGGGUUCCUCAUUUGCGCGAGGGGGAUGUGCCGCCUCAAGGUGGGAAGCCGGGAUGGGCGGCGCCGCCCGAUCCCAGGAUGGGUCCCUGGCUGAGAUUGUUGAAAAAAGUUGCAGAAUCUCACAAUUUAAUCCCCGAGUUUGAGGUUACAUUGGAGGCUACUCAUCAUGGACCAGUAACAAACAAGCCUACUAUGUUUUUGGAGAUUGGCAGCACAGAAGAAUACUGGAGAAGGCAGGAUGCUGCUCAAGUUGUUGCUCUAUUACUCUGGGAAGGACUUGGGCUUGGAGGUGGUGCACCCGUAGGCAACUGGACCAGGGAGAAUGAUAAGAACAAAGUUCUUCUUGGAAUAGGGGGUGGACAUUAUGUGCCUCGUCAUAUGGAUAUAGCAAGGAAGGAUGGCGUUUGGGUGGGCCACCUACUCUCUGGAUAUUCCUUGCCGAUGGAUGAUCCAAGUCAGUCAAAAUCAGGAAAUAAUGCAAAUGAUGUUGGCGGGAGUUGGAAAGAAUCAAUAAAAGUUGCAUUUGAGGUUACAAAAUCAGCUUUUCCUGGUGGUGAAAUCCUGGCACAUCUUGAUCAGAAGAGUUUCAAGGGCUGGCAGAAAAAUGCUAUUACUGGGUUUCUGGCUGAGCAGGACAUUAAAAUUGGGAAGCCAAAUGAUUUCUGAGAUUUUUAUGUUUUCUGCUGACGAAAGGUUACCCAUACGCAAUUCUUUUUUUCGAUUGGGACAGUUGCCUUACUGAAUUUAUGUAACUUUACGUCCUACAUAGUUAAUGAGUUAUGUAUUUUUUUCAUAUGAGAAUUUUCUAAAAAUAAGGAUAGAACAUGGAUAGAUCAUUUUAUUAUUAUUAUUAUUAAAGGUGUUUAUUAUUAUUGUUA